CGGAUAUGUUCUAUGAUCUGCCAUGCAUUGCGGAACUAACUGAUACAAUGUUACGAUACCAAGGUUUCUAUUGCCUGUAAUGUUGCCAACUUCUCUAGAUUUGCGUAAGAGAUGACGAAGCUAUCGGGGUAUAUAAAAAGGAUUUUAGCAAUGUUACAGUCACUAAUGCAGCGAUCGUCAGCAGAAUGAAGUUUGUAAAUACAUGUACAAUUCUCUAUUUCUGGUUCUACGUGUGUUGCGUUUCUGCGUUCUCAACAACGGAUAAAAAGAUCCCAAAAGACGAUCUGACAGACAUUAAAAACAGACUGGGAUCUCUGGAACAAAUGUUGGGACAGCUGAUCACAAAUAACUCUUCUCUGGAUGUUCUUAGAUUACCCGGUUCCGCACGUAGAGAGGAACACGUGGCUUUCUCGGCGUACAAGAAUCAAACCCAGUCUGGACUCAAUAAGAGACACAUCAUCAAGUUUGAGGGCACGGUUUUGAACCUGGGCCACCACUACCACCCCGAGGACGGUAUCUUCAUCGUCCCGGUGACGGGCGUCUACCUCUUUCACUGGACUAUCAAUAACAACGGAUAUUAUACGUAUACAAAUAUAUUAGUUGGUGGUAAAGUUAUUUCUACCACCACCACUUCUGUUGUGUCUGGGAAUUGGAAUUCUGGAUCCGCCCUGGUGAUAGUUACCGUGCAGAAGGACGAACAUGUCUGGAUACAGACCUGCUGCGGUUCUGGUAAUGAGGUGUACGGGAAUACACUGGGCCAAGAAAACUAUUUCCAGUCCACGUUUUCCGGAACCUUACUUUUUUCAGUUGUUUAAAAAUGCAUAGUCAUACAGAGAACAGAGUGACAGUUCCUACUAAAAUGACGACCGUUUUCAGCUUCAAAGCAAAGUAGCGAAAUAUUAUACAGUUAGUUUGAAUUGAUGUCGGCUAAUUUACUUUUAAAUGAAGUGCUUAAAUUAUCAAAAAAUAUUAAUUUCUUGUCAUUUUCACAGCACUUAGAAGUAUGAGAGUGUCUCAAACGAUGCAUUUAGCUUGACACGUGACAUUUAAAAGUAAUGAGUUCUACCUUACCUGAUACGAAAUCGUAAAGUUAACUGCAGCGAGUGACCAAGUAUCAGCAACUGGCUGCUUAACAUGGGAAAAGUUGGCUACUAGUAGUCAUCUACUCGACAAUGGAAAAGUUGGGUAAUAGUAGCCACUACUUAAUUAAAGUGAGGAAAUCUAGCUACGAUACUUGUAUAUUAGUACAUAGCUGGCUACUUCAAAGAAGAAAGGCUAUACAAGUACAAUUAGCUACUAAUAGCCAUCUAUAAGAAACAUGUUAUUGGGUUUCAAUAUAACUGCAUAUCAGGUUUAUUUGGAUGAUGAGAAGAAUACCAAACGUCAUACUUGAGUUGGCCAGCUAUUUAAACUUUGUUGUGUAGAAUACCAUUAACUUCCAAGUUGACUGUAAAAUGUUGAGUGGCUGUUUAUUUCUGAUGCAACAAUAUUCCAUCCAGGAUAAAAUGCAUGAAGAGGAUAGAAUAAGCUAUAAACAUUUCAGCUUUUAUCCAACGGACAAUUAUCUACUUAUACUGACGUCUUUAUAAACUUAAUAGGUCCUUCUGACUGAAAAUGUUCACGAAGAAGAAAUCUCUUGCUGUGGCUUUUAGACAUAUCAACAAUGUUAUAUCUAUUAACAAUAAUCAUUUCCAUUCAUAUAUCGAUUCGAUAUAUCCCUGUGAACUCGAAAUUAAAGACAACAUAAAGUC